UGGUUGGCGGCGCGGCUGUUGCUUGGCGCCGCCAUGGAGGCCAUGACGUUCCCCCGCUACAGCCCCGACGACAUCGUCAGCUACCUCCGCAGCCACGUCCUGGGGGGCGCCGAGGCCCGGAACCUGGUCAAGGGCGACGUGUUCGGCAACCCCAAGCCUGAAGUUUUACACAUGAUUUACAUGAGAAUCCUGCAGAAGGUAUAUGGAAUCCGCCUGGAGCAUUUCUACAUGAUGCCAGUCAACGUUGACAUCAUGUAUCCACAGAUAUUUGAAGGCUUUCUACCUGUUUGUAAUUUGUAUAUUCAUAUGGAGCGCUUACUUCCAGUGUGCCGGAUUAAUGAUUUUCAAAUUGCUGAUGUUUUAAACCCAAAAACAAAGAGGACAGCUCGUUUCUUGAGUGGCAUUCUCAACUUUGUGAAUUUCAGAGAGUUACGGCGUGAGGUCUACUUGGAGUUACAACUGAACUAUAAACUGGCUAUGGAGAAACACCAACAACUGGAGACCGCAAAUCGGGAGGCAGCAGUGAAGCUGGAGAAACUGAACACCAUUCCAGUUGAACAUCAGGCAGAGGUCAGGCAACUGACAGAAAACAUUCGGGAACUGGAGCAACUACUAAGGCAGGACUAUCGUCGGAAACAAACAGCUUUGCAAGAAGUGAUUUCACAAAAGAAGUCAGAUAUUGCAGAGAGUACCCGAAAACUGAAUGAGCUUAAAGUGACAAUGGCUACUUUGAAAGAAGAACAAGAGCAGCUGAAAUCAAAAAUUGUGGAAAGUCCAGAGGAACUGAAAAAUUACAAAGAACUGAUGAAAGAGACUGUUAAGAAACUUAAGAAAUCUAAGCAAGAAGUUAUUGAGAAAUAUGAAAGUUAUAGAGACCUAGUGGAGGUUCUGCCAUCAUGCCAACUGGAGGUGCAGUUGUAUCAAAAGAAGAUGGAAAGACAGGGAGCAAAUGUGGAGAGACUGGCCAGUGUAUUAUCAGAGGUCAGAAAUCUGGAGGACCAGCUUGAGAGUGCUCAGAUAGAGCUGAAAAAGGGGAAGACAGAUGAAAUGUCCUUAAAGAGACUGGUCACUGCAAAACACGAGAAGCUGUCUACAGCUGAAAUAAGGAUAAAAAAGAAGCGUGAAGAUGUUGAGCAAUAUAAGCACACUGUAUUUGAACAUUGUAACAGAGUUCAGGAGAAGAGGGGUGCUGUGUAUGAUAAAGUGACGGCCAUUCACAAGGAAAUCCAACAGACAAGGUUCAAAAUUCAGCAGCUGAAUGAGAAUGCUGAAAAAGAAGAAAUGAAAGCCAAGGAAAUAUACCUAAAUCUGAAGGCUGGGUUGGAGAAGCGUCAUGAUUCUCUCAUUAAGAUGGCGAAGAGUUAUGCUGCCUCAAGAGAAGAUAAAAUUGCUGAACUGAAGAAGGGGCUGCUUAAAGUUCAGACUCCUGGAAGUAGUUCUUAGACCUGUCUUCACUUGUAUUCAGCUUCGUUAUGUUUAUCCUCAUACCUGAAUUGAAGAACUUUUGCUUUGGAUGGGGGAUGUAUUCCAGGCAAAAGCCAGCUUUCUCAAAAACCAUGUCAGAACACAUUCAGCUUUCUAGACAGAUCCUGACGUUGUGAGCUCGCUAAUGUGGAUAAGAAAACACUUGGUCUAGCCUGUUUGUUUUGUUGCAGUCAGCAUCUGAUUUUAGUGGUAAUAACGCAAGGCUUGCUAACACCAAAUUGCUUGACGUUUAGACAGAAUCCUGCUUCUUGUAGAAACCGUUCUGCGAACUUUUGAUCUGGGAAGACCUGGCACGUUGGUCUGGCCUGAAUGGACACGCUGUUCAAGAUAAGUCAGUAAUAGGUGAUAUUCCACCACCAUUAUUCAAUUAAGAAUAAAUCCUGAUGGAGCAGUAGCAUCCGUGUAAAUGCCAACUUACUCUCAUCACGAAUAUUGGUGACUGUAAACACUCAAGAGUAUCAUUUUAGUUAACAGUGCAGUACCUCUAGAUGCUUGAACUCCUUGUUUCUGCUCUGUGGGGUAUUGAACCCUCAUCUGUGUUUAUUAGACAGUCUACGUUUGGGUGCUUAGUCCUAUAAAAACAUUAUAUAGAUGAGUAUUUUGUACCUUAACUUGUGAUGGCACUCAGUUUGCCACAGCGUUUUUAAUAACUUCCAGAAAUAAAAUGUUAACUUUUAAAAGCCUUGAUAUAAGGAUAUUUAACCCUAUUUCUCUUAUGUCUUUUUCCCUCCCCACUCUCCCAACUGACCUGGCGCAUAA